GUUGGCCGCGUGCAAACGAAUCGUUCGUCACACUCGCUUCGCUCUCUUCUGCCCGUAGGCUGUGAAGGUAUGUGGGACAGAGUCUCCUGCUGGCCACACACCGCCCUGGGCCAGAACGUCACCCUCUCGUGCCCUGAUUUCAUCUUCUUUUUCAUCAAUAAACAAGGCGCCGUGACGCAGAGCUGCACGGCGCAGGGGUGGACGGAGCCCGAGCCGCCCUACGGAGUGGCGUGCGGCUACGACAACUCGAGCCUCACGGACGUGGACAAGAGGCUGUACUACCUGGCCGUGAAGGAGGUGUACACCGUCGGCUACAGCCUCUCCUUCGCCCUGCUGUCUGCUGCCAUGCUUGUGCUGUGCCUCUUCAGAAAGUUACGCUGCACGAGGAACUACAUCCACGUGCAGCUCUUCGCGUCCUACAUGCUGCGGGCCAGCUCUGUGUUGGUGAAAGACGUCGUGCUCUUCUCCAACGAGGACACCGACAACUGCGGAUCGCCCACGCCGUGGUGCAAGCUGGCCAUGGUGUUCUUCCAGUACUGCAUCGUGGUCAACUUCAGCUGGCUGCUGGUCGAGGGUCUCUACCUGCACACGCUGCUGCUCGUCGCCUUCUUCCCCGAGAGAACUUACUUCUACUGCUACAUCGCCUUCGGCUGGGGAGCCCCCGCACUGUGUGCCCUGGCCUGGGUGGCCUCUCGCCUUCUGCUGGAGGAUACGGGCUGCUGGGACACGAACGGUAGCACGCUGCCCUGGUGGAUCAUCAAGGGCCCCAUCCUGCUCUCCAUCCUGGUCAACUUCUCCCUCUUCGUGAGCAUCAUACACAUGCUGCUCAAGAAGCUGCGAUCGCCGCUCGUCAGAGGGGCACGCAGCAACCAUCACUACAAGCGCCUCGCCAAGUCGACGCUGCUGCUCAUCCCGCUGUUCGGCGUCCACUACGCAGUGUUCGCCUUCUUCCCCGACGAGGCGGGCGAGCUGGCGACGCGCACGCGCCUCUACCUGGAGCUCGCGCUCGGGUCGUUCCAGGGCUUCGUGGUGGCACUUCUAUACUGCUUCCUCAAUGGAGAGGUGCAGCUGGAGCUGAGGCGAAAGUGGCGCGGCUGGCGCUCGGAGCGUCUCCUCGUGCAGAGCUCCAAGCAGCGGCAGCAGCAGCAGCAGCAGCACGCGGCCGCGAGCGGCGGCGGCAGCACGCGCGUCUCCCUGCUGCUCAGGGGCAGCGCCGCGGGCACGCAGCUAACGUGCAGUCAGCAAGAGCAAACCACCGUGCUGUAGUCACCCAGGGAGCCUCGCUCUCCACAGACGACCGCUGAUCCCCGUGGCAGUGUGUGCAGGAGGAGCAUCUCAACCUUUUUGUAACAAAAAAAUAGGUCGCCUCUCUUUUGGAACUCGCAGUCUACUUACUGAAGGUGUAAAUAUAUCAACCUCUGAGAUGUUAUUCACAUCCUUGUCGGCCCUGAGCGCACCGCAUAGCCGUGGGCCUGCUUGAGGCGUGUUGCGUGGCGUCGUGUAACUGUGCCGUGCUACUUACGUGUAUGUGGAUACAUAAUAAUAAUACUAAUUGUUUUUUCCUUUAUGGCAAUAAAACAGGAGUCGUUAAGAUGUUCAAACGCCAAACAGAAACCUUUAGCAAGGCAUCAAGUUUCUGCAUUAA